AUGAAGUGGCUUGUGCUCUUUGGGCUGGUGGCCUUCUCAGAGUGCAUAGUCAAAGUACCUCUAAGGAGACUGAAGACCAUGAGAAAAACCCUCAGUGGAAAAAACAAGCUGAACGAUGUCUUGAAGGAGUAUCCUUACAGACUGCCCCAGAUUUCUUUUCGUGAUUCAAAUGUAACUAUUGUCCCAUUGAGAAACAUGAGAGAUAUAUUCUACGUGGGUAACAUCACCAUUGGAACACCUCCUCAGGAAUUCCAGGUUGUCUUUGACACAGCUUCAUCUGACUUGUGGGUGCCCUCCAUCUUUUGCAAGAGCUCAAGCUGUUCUACACGUGCUAGGUUCAGACAUCGCCAGUCUUCCACCUUCCGGCGUGUCAAUAAGACGUUCGGGAUCCUGUAUGGAGCUGGGAAAAUGAAAGGAGUUGUUGUUCAUGACACAGUUCGGAUUGGGGACCUUGUAAGUACUGACCAGCCAUUUGGUCUAAGCAUGGUGGAAUCUGGUUUUGAGCACAGACAAUUUGAUGGUGUCUUGGGCUUGAACUACCCCAACCUAUCCGUCUCCAAAACCAUUCCCAUCUUUGACAAGCUGACAAAUGAAGGUGCCAUUUCUGAGCCUGUUUUUGCCUUCUACUUGAGCAAAGAUGAGCAGGAGGGCAGUGUGGUGAUGUUUGGUGGGGUGGACCACCGCUACUACAAGGAAGAGCUCAACUGGGUACCAUUGGUCAAAGCAGGCGACUGGAGUGUACGUGUAGACCGCAUCACCAUGAGAGGAGAGGUUAUUGCUUGUGCUGAUGGCUGCACGGCCCUUUUGGACACCGGGUCAUCACUUAUCCAAGGCCCAGGAAGACUGGUCGAUAACGUACAGAACCUGAUAGGCACCAUGCCACAGGGAUCCACGCACUACGUUCCAUGUUCUGUGGUCAAUAUUCUGCCCCCUAUUAUCUUCACCAUCAAUGGCAUCAACUACCCAGUGCCAGGUCGAGCCUACAUCCUCAAGGAUUCUAGAGGCCGCUGUUAUACCAACUUUAAAAAGAAAACUCUGAGGACAUCUACAGAGUCCUGGGUCCUGGGUGAACCCUUCCUGAGGCUGUAUUUCUCGGUUUUUGAUCGAGGAAAUGACAGGAUUGGCCUGGCACCAGCAGUGUAA